ACUGAGCGAAAGAUUCGUCUUGCAGCAUUGCACUGGAAACGUCUUGAGACACUCAAGACUAACAAGUUCUGCGCCACAGAGAAGAGGGCACUGGAUGAAAUGGAGAGUGCUGCACAGGGAGCAAGGGAGAAAGAGGCAGACCAAAUGAGACAUGUGGGAGUGUUCAACAAGGUCCUGGCUAUCCUGCAAGAGAAUCAGUGCACCUUGGCGGAAUUUCUUGACUACACCUUUAAUCCAAGCAUCAGUCAUGUAUUUGACUGGCGUUGCAUUGCUAGACUCACGCAAAACCUGCGAAGCCUGGCACCUACUUUUUUCUCAAUAGCUGAUGCAUUCUCUACAACGUCUCGGCAGGAAAAGUCUCUUUCCAAGGGAUGGGCUGAGAAGAAAAACAUUUGUUUGAAAGUCCGGUUAGGUCCUGUUAUUGGGUGCCCAGGGGCUCUAACCGAGACCGAGACUGGGCUGGUUAUAACCGGUUAUUUAACGAUGGAGGGCUCGGCUAUCUUGACACUUCUCAAGGCAAGAAGUCAGAAGAAUAAUUAUGCACAGGCUAUUCACAGCACAUACCUCAUGGCCACAGGAGCACAAUGCCAGCAUUUUACAGUGUUCACCUCACUUGGAAUAGGUAUCAGCUACCCGAGUGUUAUAACACAACUACCGAAAGAGAACAAGGGGACUGCCUGCAAGGUCACUGCAACUGGCCUUUUUGUCUCAUAUUAUGUCUCCACCUGCGCCUCCACUCUUGGGGUUGCAACGUUUGAUGCCUCUGAGGCCAGUGCUUCCUCUAGCUCCUUCUGCUCUGCCGCUAACAAUGUGCCCUCUCUUGGUACGAAACUUCGCAGGCGUCUUGCGUGGUACAGGCCGUCGAGAGGGGUGCCGUCCAAAGUUUCCAGCUUGUAUGAGUUUAGGAGGCGCUCAGCAACUCGGUGUGGGGAAGACCACAUGGGCGCUAGUUUGCGUUCGGUCCUGAGGGUGGAUGCUAGUUUGUUGUCGUAUACCUGUACUAGCUGA